AGCUCGUAUCAAUUUCAACAUCACUGAAUUCAUUUCCAUCUUCCCAGAAUUUGCUCACAACCUGAGAAAUAGAGAGAUAAACAACAAACUUAGGAGAGAGAAACAAGAGAGAGAAACGAAGCUCGACAACAAUGGCGCAAGCAGUUUUGGUUAUGGUUGCAGCUGAACCAGCACCAUUGAAGAUCAAACAAGAGGUUCACAAGAAGAAUCGCAUUCAAGUUUCUAACACCAAGAAACCUCUCUUCUUCUACCUUAACCUAGCUAAGAGGUACAUCAAGCAGUACAAUGAUGUCGAACUCUCUGCUCUUGGAAUGGCUAUUCCUACUCUUGUUACUAUUGCCGGGAUUCUUAAGGCAAAUGGUGUUGCAGUGGAGAAGAAAGUUCUGACAUCAACUGUUGGCUCGAAAGAUGAGAGCAAGGGCCGUCUUGUUCAGAAGGCAAAGCUUGAGAUUGUUCUGGAAAGGAAUGAUAAAUCUCCUACCUCUGCUGAUGCGAUUGCAAAGCCUGUACCUAAGACUGAAACCAAUGCAGCAGAUGAAUCAAAGAAGCGUGACUCAAAGACCGAGGCUGAUAUUGCUGUGAAGAAGGAAGGAUGAUCAUGUCUUUGAUGCAACAAUCUAUUGCAUCUGUGAUCUUAUACUCGGACAACAAGUAUUCUGCAAGUUUUAUACUGAUAGGAUAGUAAUUAGCAUGCAUAGUUUCAAGCAACACUGUAGGUAGAUGAUUGUAAGUAGGUCUGUGGCGAAAUCUCCGGCACUGCCACAUUAUGUAGAUUUUAGGAAGUAGAUGAUAAGCCUCGAUUGAUUCUUUCACUUUGAAGCUUUCUGUUCAGUUUUUUUCAUAAUGUUGUCGAGAACUUUACGAUUCUUAAGGGAGCAAAUCACUCGUUGUACAA